GCCCAUCUCCCUUCCUCUGCCUGCUGAGCAGCAGAAAAGAAAGGCCUUCCCUGCCUGUGCACCGGGGCCUGGCCCUGCAGACGAGCGAUGGCCCGCAUCAUCGACCUGGAGCCCUGGGACGAUGGCUCCGCCCACGUGUACGCUUCGCCAGCCUUCCUCCUCCCCAUAGAGCGCGUGCGUAACCCACUGGCCGGUGUGAAGCACCAACUCUACCACCCGCUCCUGCCCACCCUGCGGCGCAUGGAUAUGGACUCUGUCAGGGGCUGCCUCUCGGAUGAACACUGCCAGUCUUCCACCUACUGCUCCAAAGAUGACUUUAACAAGGCCCACUUCACACUCCUGGGAGUCCCCAACAAACCCCUGCAAUGUCUGGACUUCACAGCGACCGGCCGGAAGCUCUGUCACAAGUACCGCGAAGGAAAGAUGGUGCCCAUCGCGCCAGGCAUCAACCGGGUCGACUGGCCCUGUUACACGCGUGCCAUUGAAGAUUGGUCUAAAUUCGUGUCCAGGUCUGGGGAGUUCAAGCUGCCUUGCGCCAACAAGAGGGUGGAGAGUUUCAGUGGCUACGCGGUGCGGUACUUGAAGCCUGACGUGACCCAGAACUGGAGGUACUGCCUCAACCAGAACCCCAGCCUGGACCGCUAUGGACAGAAGCCCAUGCCUUUCGACUCGCUGAACGCAUUCCGACGCUUUGGCUCCCACUACAGUCGUGUUAACUAUCUGACUCCCUGGCAUUAAUCUGGGGGGGAAAAGGCUGAUCCCUCUGUGGAUGGACUGUGCCACCUCAGGUCCCCUAGCAGGACAUAGGGCAUAUGGUGGCACCACCCAUCUCCCCAGGAGUUCAGUUCAAGAAAUAAACAUAAUGCUUC